AUGGGGGAAGAAGAGCAAAACCCUAACUCGAUCUACAUUCCUCAUGAGCUGCUGGAACAAAUGGUAAUUCGACUGCCCUUGAAAUCGAUCCAAAAAUGGAGAACAGUCUCAAAAGAAUGGAGAUCAAUCCUGGAGUCGAGGAGGUUCGGUGAUAAGCACAUGAGUCUUCGAAAGAGCCGGAAACUCUUGGCUGCUUACAACUGCGACUGCGGCGGGCGGCUUCGUCGCCUCCCCGACUCCGAGUCACGGUUCAAAGGAGACGAAGAGAUCGUCUAUAUCCACUGCGACGCCCCAAGACUCUCGUUGACAUGCGACGGCUUGGUCUGCUUCCUUGAACACGAUUGGGUCAUCGUUUUAAACCCGUCGACAAGACAACUCCGACGAUUCCCUUCCGGCUUAACGCCCCACCAUACGUUCAGAUAUGUCUUCGGACGUUGGCCCCUUUUCCCUCGAGGAUAUUGGGCAAUGGGAUUCGGUAGAGACAGAGUUACAGGAAGGUAUAAAGUGGUGAGGAUGUGUUUUACUUUCCGAAAGAUUAACCAAAAAUAUCCUGACGUGGAAUGUGGUGUUGCUGAUGUUGUAACUGGUGAAUGGAAGAAACUGCUGAGCUCACCUUCUAAUGUGGUCAAAGUGGAAAAGAAAUCGGCCACUGUGAAUGGAUUAGUGUAUUGGUUAGGCCUUAAGAAAGGACAGAUGGAGAUGGAUUACAAAAUAAUAGCCUUGGAUCUUCACAAAGAAGAGUUCAUAGACGUAUCUGUUCCGGCUCAAUGGGUCUCGCGGGAAACGCAGAUAGUGAACCUUGAGGACCACCUAGCCAUAGCCAACACGAUAGCUAAGCCUUAUUGGGUUCUAGAGAUCUGCAUCAUGGGUAGAGAAGAUAAAAGGUGGAGAAAGGUUUACACCAUUACUUUACAUAGGUUUACACCAUCAGUUUAUUUCACGCCUGUGGCGGUUUCUAAGCGAGGGAAUCUUGUCUUCUAUGACAAUGAGAAGAGACUGUUCAAAUAUUAUCCACGGCCAGAUGAGUUUCGUUGUCUAUCGUUAGACACUUGUGUCAUAUCUCGUUACGUGGAGAAUUUGGUUCCGUUUCCUUUAAAGCCAAGCCAUACGUAUCCUAAUCAGGUAAAUUCGGAUUCUAAGAAGAGGACUUCCAUCUGCCGCUUGUUUUCGAGAAGUUGUUGGAUAACCAAAGUUUUGCAAUGGAAUGGAUAUAGGAUCCUGGAUAUUCUGUUUACCUCUCUAGUAAUAGUUGGUUAUGUUUGGUGUCCUCUCUAA